AAGAUGCCCUUUGACCUCGUCGGCAAGACCCUGAGCCCGUUCCUCAAGGAGCACAUCCCCGGUCAAUACGCACCCGUCGGCAAGAACCUGAAGAAGGAGGACAAGACUGGCACAAGCAAUGCUUUGGCAAAUAUCAAGGACCCUAACACCAAGUAUUGCUAUCGCCAUCGUCCCGAUUCAAAGUGCCGUCGGGCUGCAGAUGAGACCAAGAUGGGGACCAUUCAAAGGGAGCUUAAUAGUCUUCCCUCCGCCGACCAGGAAGCCAUCACGCACGUGUGGUCUUUGUUCUCUGCCGCGCCGGCCAAGCAUCGCGAACUCAUGCUGCAGGGCAUCAUCACCCAGUGCUGCUUCCCCCAGCUCUCGACCGUCUCCCGCGAGGUGCAAGAGCAGCUCAAGAUCGACUUCAUCGCAACGCUGCCGGUGGAAUUAUCGUACAAGAUCCUCUGCUAUCUAGAUACCGUGUCGCUGUGUAAGGCGGCGCAAGUCAGCAGGCGUUGGAGAGACCUGGCCGACGAUGACGUCGUCUGGCACCGGAUGUGCGAGCAGCACAUUGACCGGAAAUGCACAAAGUGUGGCUGGGGUCUGCCGCUAUUGGAGCGGAAAAAACUCAUGGCCUGGAGCCGGCAUCAACAGACGGCGCACGCGAACCCACCCAACCACGCCGACGAGGCUUCAGCUGAGCCAGCCUCAACGCCCACUGCCGAAGGGUCCAACAAACGGGCGAUGGUGGUGCGCAAUGACAGCGGCACCAAGCGAUCUCGAGUCAACAAGGCGGGCAACGGCCGGGCGCAGCUCGACGAAGAGCGCAAGUUUCGACCGUGGAAGGAUGUCUAUCGGGAUCGCUACAAGGUGGGAUACAACUGGAAGACGGGACGAUGCUCCAUCCGGACGUUCAAGGGCCACGAGAACGGCAUCACUUGCCUGCAGUUUGACCACAACAUCCUGGCGACAGGAUCCUACGAUACCACGAUCAAGAUUUGGAAUGUCGAGACGGGAGAAUGCAUCCGCACGCUGCGUGGCCACACUUCAACGAUUAGGACCCUGCAGUUCGACGACGCCAAGCUAAUCAGCGGAAGCUUUGACAAGACGAUCAAGAUCUGGAAUUGGCACACGGGCGAGUGCAUCAGCACGCUCCAGGGUCACACGGACGGCGUGCUCUCCAUCCACUUUGACGGGUGCAAGCUCGCCUCGGGAUCCAUCGACAAGACGGUCAAGAUCUUCAGCUUCGACACCAAGCAGACCUGGACGCUGAGGGGCCACUCCGACUGGGUCAACCAUGUCCGCAUCGACUCGGCAUCUCGCACCGUCUUCUCGGCCUCGGAUGACCUCUCCGUCAAGCUGUGGGACCUGGAUUCGAAGCAGUGCAUCAAGACGUACCUGGGCCACGUCGGACAGGUGCAGCAGAUCUUGCUGAUGCCACCCGACUUUGAGCCCGACGAGGACCCCAACGCCGACAGGGGCGAUGCUGCAUCCGCAAGCAGCGGACGAGGCGACUCCCCGUCCCCGUUGCCAGAUCAGUCAACCGACCGGCGUGCUGCAUUUGGCUACGGCUUCACGUCGGAUCCUGCCCGGCCCUUGCCUCCUCGCUACAUGCUUACUGGCGGCCUCGAUAACACCGUCCGGCUCUGGGACAUUGCCACGGGCAAAUGCAUCCGCAGCAUGUUUGGCCACGUCGAGGGCAUCUGGGGCCUGGUUGGCGACACCCUCCGCGUCGUCACCGGUGCCAAUGAUUCCAUGACCAAGAUCUGGGAGCCGCGUUCGGGCAAAUGCGAGCGCAGCUUUACUGGUCACGCCGGCCCGGUGACUUGCGUCGGGCUGAGCGACAGCCGGAUGGCCAGCGGCAGCGAGGACGGAGAAGUUCGCCUUUACAGCUUCGAAGGUAACAGCUUGGAGGAAAGGGGGACACCUUCGUAA